UAACGAAGCCUCGCCUUUUGUUUCAGAGCGCGGCGGACGAGGAGUCGAGGCUGCAGGAGGUGGAGAGCGGCGGCGGGCCCUUGUACCGCUUCGAGAUCGCCGCCUGCCGCCUGGAGGACUCCGGCGCCUACUGUCUGCUGGCGACGAACGAGCAUGGCGAGGCGAGAGCCGUGGUGUCUCUGCAGGUGUACGCAAAAGGUGUGAAGCUUGACCCCGACGGACGACCAAUGAGGCGAGGCGUGAUGGAGCGAGUGCCGUUGGUGACGCGGCCGCUGCAGGACAUUCGCUGCUGUGACGGAGACUCAGUGACACUCGAGGCUCAGGUGGACGCUCCCAAGAACUCCACGAUACGCUGGGAGAAGCAGGGCAAGCUGCUCAAACUCGGCGGUGACCUGGAGAGCGAAUGGGACGGGUCACGGGUGAGGCUGAGGAUCCGUGAGGUAUAUCCCGAGGACGAAGGGGAGUACUCCUGCAUCAUCCUCGGCGACCAGGGCAAGGCGGUCACCUCGGCAACCCUCGUAGUGGAGAUGGCUGAUGAUAAGGAGAACGACGUGACGGUCCAGCUCGAUCACCGCCCGGACCUCUCGCGCCGCACAACACCCUCGCGCACGACACCAUCCCGCUAUUCGCGCUCGCCUUCCUUCCAGCGUGAAGGUAGUGCUCACUCAUGGGCUGGCGUUGGCUGGCGAGAACCCUCCAUCACUGUCUCCCACUGGCGGCCCCUCUCGCGCGGCUCAUCCCCACUACUGCUAGCGCGCCGCCGCACCCCCGACCCCAUCCCUCGCUCCAAGGCUAAGCGCUCCCACGGCCCCAAGUUCUACUACAUCCCACACGACCGCAUUGUGGAGGAGGGAGAGACCGUCACCUUCCAGUGUGCCGUCAAGGGCCACCCAAUCCCCCGAGCUGUGUGGGACAAGGACUCCCUCAAACUGCACGAGGGCGGCCGCUACAAGAUGGAGGCUCGGGAGGAGACGAGGACGCUGGAGAUCCCCAAGGUCACGCAGCAGGACGCCGGCCUCUACAGAGUAACCAUUGAGAAUGACCUCGGGCGGGAGCAAGCCACUGCCAGGCUCGAUGUUAUCAAGGCCUCGGGCAACAAGUACGCCGGUCAUGUGCGGUCCUGGUACUCUUCUCCUCUCACGCCACCGCAGUUCACCCGCUCCAUGCCUUCCACGCGGGUGAGGGACGGAGGCCGGCUGUACCUCUCCACAGAGUACCGCGGCUCCCCAGUGCCUCGGGCCAAGUGGUACAGAAAUCACGAGUUGCUGCCAAUGUGUGAGGACUUCGUGCAGUGCUACGAUGGGCGGACGGCCUCCCUGGAGAUCCCUUCAGUCACCUCUGCGGACGCCGGAACCUAUACUUGUGUGCUGGUCAACGAUGCCGGCAAGACUGAAUGUUCCUGUGAGGUGGUGGUGGAGCAUCACAACGGCAAGCACGAGCAGUCACCUUUCUUCCUACAAGAGCUCCAAGACUUGACUGUCCUCGACGGAGAUGAGGUCACCCUUUCUGUCAAGCUCUCUGGUACCCAGCCCAUGAAGGUGGUCUGGGUGCGCAACGAAGAGGUCUUGCCCGACAGCCAGGACUUCCGCUACCAGGAGGACGGCAGCGGCAUGCACUCACUGGUGAUCCGAGACAUCUUCCCCGAGGACGCCGGCGUGUACAUCUGUGAGGCGUACAACUCCCAUGGAGACGCCCACUGCUACUGUCGCCUCACAGUGCACGACCCGUGCGCCCUCCAGAACAGCCCGCCACAGAUCGUCGGAGCCCUCACGCCCCUGGAGGUGGAGGAGGGCUCGGCGGCAAGGUUCUCCGUCACCGUGCAUGGCUUCCCACAGCCCUCCGUGUCCUGGUUCUGUGACGGACGCAAACUUGACCCCACGCCCAGGAUUAAGGUUGAGGCGGACAGUGACGCCGGGAUCAGUGAACCAGUCAAGCAUGUGCUGGGCAUCCUCCACGCACUCUCCACGGACUCCGGCAUCAUCUCUGUGGUGGCCUCAAACUGCCUGGGUUCGGACACCACCACUACUACCCUCAAGGUUCACCCGUACGCUCCCCUGAAGUCGAGUGAGAAGGAAACCACCAGUGCCUCCCCCACCACCACCACCACCACCACCACAGCCUCCAUCACCACCUCAGACUCGCCGGCCCCAAGAAUCAGGCCCUUGUUGAAAGAGGUGGGCAGCACAGCAUCACCCAGCACAGACUCGGCCUACUGCAGUGUUAGCCUGAGGGACUCCACCAGCGCCUGCAGCAGCUCCCUCUCCAACUUCAGUGAGCUGGAGGAUGACCACACCGCCUCCAAGGACUCCUCCAAGACCAAAACAGUGAAGUCCAUAAGGUUCAAGGACGAGCCUGAGGAUGUCCAGGAUAACACAAAUGGAGAAGCCAAUGAAGAAGAUGAGGAGGUGGAAGCGAAUGAGGAAGAGGACGAGGAAGACGAAGAAACUGGUGUUGAAAUCCUGGAGGGUCCUCGAGACAUCACCGUUCUGAAGGGCCAGUCCGCCACCUUCACCGCCACCUUCACCGGCAACCCCAAGCCUGUUGUGUCCUGGCUGAAGAAGGAGCAACCCAUCACCGAGGGAGGACGGUACCAGGUGAAGACCGAGGAAGGCCGCACCAGCCUCACCAUCCAUGACGUGGUGCAGAAGGACUGUGACAAGUACACCAUCGUCGUCAGGAACUCCCUCUGUGCCCACGCCGCCUUCGCCUCCCUGGCCGUGGGAAGUGCGCCAGAACCCCCGGCUGACAAACCAAACUUCUGCGAGGUGACGGCUGACUCCGCGACGCUCUCCUGGUACGGCCCGACCUACGACGGAGGCUCAGUGGUCACCGGGUACACUGUGGAGGCACGCAAGAUCGGCAUGGAUGACUGGUACAUCCUCAUCAGCGGAUGCCACUCCACCUCCUACAUCGCCCGGGGUUUGGAGAAGAACUGCGAGUAUGAAUUCCGAGUGCGUGCCCAGAACGUGCAUGGUAUGUCGGAGCCGUCUCGACCGUCCUGUCCCGUCACCAUCCAGGACCAGUCUGAGGAGCAGGAGCCAGAACCUGAGGACCAUGAGACCACCUUUGCACCACUGGAUGUAAAGAUCGAGUCCGGCGAAUCGUUUGAUAAGCAGUACAAACUUCACGAGGAGGUGGGGAAGGGGCGCUUUGGCAUUGUGUACAGGGUAACGGAGAAGACCACAGGCACGAGACGGGCGGCGAAGAUCAUCAAGUGCAUACGGGCCGCUGACAAGGAGAAGGUUAAAGAGGAAAUUGAUAUCAUGAACGCCCUGCGCCACCCUAAGCUGCUUCAACUGGGAGCGGCCUACGAACGACAGAGGGAGUUCAUCAUGGUCAUGGAAUACAUAUCCGGGGGCGAGCUGUUCGAGCGCGUGGUGGCCGAUGACUUCGCCCUCACGGAGAGAGAUUGCAUCCUCUUCGUGCGACAGAUCUGCGAUGGCGUCAACUACAUGCACAAGAAUCUCAUCGUCCAUCUCGACUUGAAGCCUGAGAACAUUCUGUGUGUACGCAAGACCUCGCAUCAAAUCAAGCUCAUCGACUUUGGCCUCGCGCGACGUUUCAACCCAGAUGACCCUUGCCGAGUCCUCUUUGGCACCCCGGAGUUCAUCGCGCCGGAGGUCAUCAACUACGAGCCGAUUGGGUUUGCCUCCGACAUGUGGUCCGUUGGCGUGAUCUGCUACGUUUUGCUGUCGGGUCUCUCCCCCUUCAUGGGCGACAGCGACGCAGAGACAUUCGCCAACAUCACCCGCGCCGAGUUUGACUUCGACGACGAUGCCUUCGACGCCAUAUCAGAUGAUGCCAAAGAUUUCAUCACCUCUCUCCUCAUCCACAAGAAAGAAAACCGACUCACAGCAGAGCAGUGCUUCAACCACCCCUGGCUGGCCCAGACCGAGGCAGACAUGAACAAGGUUGUCAUCUCCACAGACAAGCUCAAGAAGUUCAUCAUAAGACGGAAAUGGCAGAAAACCGGCAAUGCCCUCCGUGCCCUGGGACGCAUCACCUCCCUCACCAACCGCCGCAGCUCCCAGCCCUCCUCCCCAACCCGGCUCACUCCUCUCCCCGAAAACCAGACCCAGACCCCCCCCUCCCCCGCUGCCUCCACCACCAAGAGCAAGGGCUGUGCUCCCGUCACUCGCCCCUCGCACAGUAUAGUCAGCGAGAGGAGUGACUCUGGUAUUAGUGAAUGUUCCUUUAAUGUUGAAGAAAAUAGUCAGAGCCCUCCGGCCAAUCAGUUUGGUGUCACUAACAGCCGUGCCGUUACAGGACGUAAUGUUCUCAAAAGUGGUAAGACACCUUCACUAGACUGGCAGUCGUCUGUGGAUUCGGCAGUCUGCGACGACGACUACAUCAGCAAAAGUAGCUACAACUCCUCGCCAAGAAAAAUCUCCCGCGAAGGACUCCUCCACGCCAAGACGGCUGCCGACGCACACUCAAGAAUAUGAGGGACCUUCAUACCAAAAUCUAGUUGGCUGGAACUUUAUCUACAAAUUUUAUCGCCGUGUACAUAUCUGCGAAUCCGUGCAUUUAUUUUAGUGGCCUCUAUUCCUCACAAGGGUGCAGACAGUGCAGACAGGAAGUGCAUGGAACUGAACUGAAUUGCAAAUGCCACUAGAGCAGCACAGCUCACUGCAAAGCCAAGGCACAAGCAGCUCAUACCUACAAGACCUUCCCCCAAUCAUGGCAGCCAGGCACCACCACCCACCUGUUGAGGCGUCUUCCUUCUACUCUGGCCACUAGCACUUAUAGGACAGAGUAGGGGCCAAGAGGCCUGGUGGGAGGAGUGUCCCCGGGCGCCCCUGUGCCAACCUCUGAACUGUCUCGUGGAGUGACAGGCUCCGACCUCAGCUGGUGCCACCCAGAGGACCAGACACAGUGCCAAGGACUCCGCCGCACAGACGUAGGAGAAUGCUGUGGAAAAAGCAUAACUGUGGGGAAAAUGUACAGUGAAAAAAAUCUGAAAAGUUAUCAGUGAUGAUGUUGAAGGUACCAAUGAAGGCAAGGUGUUGGUUACCAGCAAUGAAAGCCAAGGUGUCAAAUACUUGCCUGAGUCUGUACGUUGACCUCAUGUCACACGAGUUGUUUCACUUUACGACUGCUGUAAAGCCUUGUUUAUUUUGCUAUCCACUGUACUGUGUGUGUUUUCAGUAAUGCUAAAUUUUGAAUUAUAUUGCAAAUUUUUCAGGGUUUGCCUUAUUUCAUUCCACAUACAUUUCUUGUUUCAAUUACACUUCUCAGCUGUAUCAUCUACUGUUUUGUUCAUUAAUCCUGCAGAAAUGUUAUGUUUGCUUUACUUUCUCACAUCCAUUCUUCAAUGUUACCAAAAGUGGUACUGAACGCUGCAUUGCUCUGCUGUGAGCGACCGAGUGUACGCACGGCGCUGCCUCGCCGGCGGCGCCUGAAGGAGACAACCUCGGGUCCAUCACCUGGGCCUGUGUAAGGGUUGAAAUUAGUCACUUGCAAGUCAGUCAAACAGUCAGCCAGGACUUGGAUUACACUCUUAAGUUGUUGCCAAACCUCCAUUGCACUGGGGUGGAAGGACUGUCUGUUGCUCUCCACUGACGGAGGCAAGCGCAGCCGAUGGCCAGUUUUCUGCCCCAGAACACUGGUGUUGCUGCUAGAGAUAGAGGGCUGGAUGAUGAUUCAUUUGUGUAGCUCCAUAUUGUGAUAUUGUAGAUAAUCACCAAAAUAUAUGCAUGAUAUUGCUGUUAAGAGAUUAAAAAGAUUUAUCCAGAA